GCUAGCUAGUCGCCUCAAUUAUAUUAUAUUUUAUUAUUAUUAUUAUUACACACAUAAAAAAUUAUUUAUCGGCUUUAAUUAGCACUCCGUAUAUGUUAAGUUUGAAUGAUAUUGAAUAUAGGGAUCGUGGUCGGAGUAAUAGUGAAUAAAUAAAAUAAAAUAGAUACGGAGUAUAAAUUAAGAUCGGAAAGAAGAAAAAGAUCGCGCGAUCGAUCAGAGAGAAGAAUGGGGGGAGGAAGCUGCGCCGGCGGUGGCGGCACAUCAUCACCGUGCGCUUCCUGCAAACUGCUGAGGCGGCGGUGCGCCAAAGACUGCGUAUUUGCGCCUUAUUUCCCUCCCGACGACCCUCACAAGUUCGCCAUCGUUCACAAAGUUUUUGGCGCAAGCAACGUCAGCAAAAUGCUCCAGGAAAUUCCGGUGCAUCAGAGAGGCGACGCCGUGAGCAGCCUGGUGUACGAGGCCAACGCGAGGAUGCGAGACCCGGUCAACGGCUGCGUGGGCGCCAUUUCAUAUCUGCAGAACCAGGUUUCCCAGUUACAGCUCCAGCUGGCCGUGGCUCAGGCAGAGAUACUACGCCUCCAGCAGCAGCACACCGCCGUUAUCUUGCCCGCUGCGGCGGCUCAGCUCUACUGCCGCGGUGGUGAAAACGAUCACAAACCCCGGGCGUCGUCGCCACUGGUUGUGUCAUCGUCAGCAUCUCAGGCCGCCGCGAAUAUGGGUGCAGCUGCUUUGACAAACUUUGGAAGCCUUCAGCCGCUGCAGUACUAAUUAAUUAAUAAUGAUCAAUAUAUGAUUUAACUAAUAGCUAGCUAAUUAUAUAGAAUCUGCAGCAUUUUGAUGAAGUAAGUCCUAAUAAUU